AUGGUGAUAUGUCAAAUUCCGAACUAAACUUGUCUGGGACGUUUCGUGUUGGUUCUUAUAAUAUAAUAUCUUUUCUUUAUUAUAUUUACAGUAUACGAUUUAGUAAAUGUAGUUAUUUCAUGUAAAUUGUUUGUGAUUUCGUACUAAGUGCCAAAUUGAUGUCUCGACGAAAUUGGUAUUAUGAAUCAGGGUGAUCAAAAUAUAAACAAAGAUAUGAUCGAUUGUGAUUUAAUCGACGUGGAAUCUUUGGAUUUUUCCGAUGAACAGACAUGGCUCAAUACUGCUCCAGAAGAUUCUGGUGUGGCCUUAGACAUAGUUGACUGGCAGCUGUCCUUCGACUGGCCGUUCACGGAGGAUGAUGACUAUCUUAAGAUAGAAACGGAAUUGUACUCGGUGCUGGAUCAUUUACUCAAAAAUGACGUCGCAGCGCCGAACAAGCACAAAUUCGACUCGCGGACCUUCGUCAAACCCAAGAAGAGGGCCCAGCGGCCUAGCAUACACAGCAUCGUGGAGACCCCGCCGACCCCAAACAAGUAUCUCACGUACAACAAGUACUCGGCGCCGCUAGGGCCUUUGAGCUCCAUACUGAGGCUGAAGACCUUCAACGUGGAGACUGACACGGAUAACAGCAAUGCGAUUAAAGAGUACGCGAGUAAGAGGCGGAGCUUGGUUAGUGAAGAGGAGGCACAGUUGGAAGACGUAGACAUGACGCUGGUAUCAGAGGCGUCAGAGCGUCUGUCCUCAGAUCAUCUGCCUUCCAAACCCAUCAACAUCGAUCUGUCACAGCCAGCGCACAAUCUUCACAAUACAUUUAAUAAGGGCCUCACGAACAUAAUGAACGAACGCGGAAGCCUCAACAUGUAUCAAAGCGGCGAAUCUUUAAUGCGAAUGUCGCCCCCAAGUCUGGUGUCAUCCCUGAUGAUGGAGAGUUCUGGCAAUUUCAACCCUGAGUCCUUGGACAGUAGGAAGAGUUUGCCGUCGCACAGAGAUUCAGGUAUACCACCGUCAGGCCGAGAAAGCAUAGACCCAAUGAUGACCAGCAUGACCCUCUCCAUAUUAGACGAAAAGGACAUGAGCACAAGCUUCCUCUCGCAGACCACUUACCCCGACAACGAUAGCCUCAUGGACUCUCUACCCCCGAGCCUUGUCAGCUCCGUCAACUCCUCAUACAUCGUCUCCAACAUGUCCAAACAAGCCAGGGAAUCCACAGACUCCAAUAACAUCUUUAGUUCAACAACCUUUACUCACCUAGAUCAGUCAGAGAAGCUACUCUCCGCUCGCCCGCGCCACCAACCCUUCAACCACUUCCAGAAACGCGAAAACGACUGCAGAAAAUCCGAAAGCUACACCAAAGCUAAAGAGGAGGCAUGUCAGAUCGACCCGACCAAGAUACUAAUCGAAAACGGCGAAAAAAACACGACCAAAACUCCUAAUAAAUCGGAAAUGUCGGAAACAGUUACGCUGCAUUAUUCUAACUCAAAAUUCAGACGGGACGAAAAGGAAAAUUUGAAUUCUACGUUCGAGAAAGACGACGCCUUUUUCAAGGAUAUGAACAUGCAACGAACUGUCGAUGCGGGCAAAAACAGUUUAAACGUUACGUUAGACAAACAGGAACUAAAUGAGAUUAUACAGGCGCGUCAGAAGCUUUCUCUAGCUAGGAAAGCUUUGCCUGACGACAAAGUACCUAAUCAAGCAGAUACAGCAAUAAAAACUAUACAGCUUCCAAAUCAAACUAUAACAGUGCCUCGACAUAGUAUGGAGAAUGCUUCAGAAUUAUUAUCAAGAAGAAAAAUGAAUAAUAGUUUUGAUAAGGAAGAGUUACCAACGAGAGAAACGCCCAAAAGAAACGCUACGUUCAAAAAGCUGUCGCCGCGUGCUGCCUCUAUGGAUUGUACUGUGGUCUAUGCCGCAAAGAAAGAUGAGAGUGAAUUGAUUGAUAUCAAUUUGGCGACUACGAACCUUAUUGGGUCCAGCGAGAGGAUAACGCUUGAGGAGUGGGGUUCGCAACAGCGCGCCAUGGUGUGCUCUAGCGAGAGCACGGACACCGGCACCUUCAGCUCGUCCAGCCCGCCCGACAGCGUCCCUGACACUCAGCAUGACCCAAGCUCAAUAUCAUCAACACCCCUAAUAGGCCUCCGUAAACCGAAAGACCUGAACAUCCACACAACCAUAUCCCCCAUAUACGAUAUGGUCGACGACAAAUCAUACACCGUGACUAAAUUAACCGGCAACUCUCCCAUGGAAAGAACUUACGACAAGUCAUACAACAUGAACAGGGCUAGCGCGAAUUCGUCGAUGGAUAAGACAUACGAUAUGCACGCGACGGUGAUAAACAGCGCGACGAUGGUUAAAAAGAGUUCGGCUAAACGAGAUAUAUUGGCGGGGAAAGUUAGCCCUGAUAAGAAAAUGUUUGGGCCCAGCGUGCCGGUGAAAGCACAGAGCAUGGGUUCGUGCGUAAGUGCCAUGGUGCCUCCGGUAGCAAUUCCAAGGAAGACUGGUCUUCCAACAUCGAAGCUCAGGCAGUACAGCUCACAUAAAGAACUCAGCAGGAUACCGGGCAACCCUGUGGUGGCGCGAGCGUUGCCGCGCUCUAACAUGGUGCGUCGCGGCGUGUACGCCUCCAACCCCGCGCUCAGCCCCACCGCCGCACACCCCGCGCCCAUACGCAGGGACUCCUAUACGCUCGAACCAGACCCGUCGCACCGAGCCAACCGGCCCAGACCCGUCGCACCGAGCCAACCGGCGCUGGUCCGCCAGGGCACCGAGACCCUGCGCAGGGAACGGCCGCAGAGCCAGCUGGUGGCGCCUAAAGAUCUGCGCGCGACCGGCAUCGGCGUGCCCGUCGCAAUGCGAAACCAUCAUAUGCCGCCACCUAUGACUCGGCCUUACUCGAUAGCGGGAGCGUCGCAACUCCGGGUAAUGAGGCCGGCCACUGUACCCGUACAGAAACCAGUGCCCGCUGCGCCGGUUUCUGAGUCUCGGACGGCAUCGUCGGCGCUACCGCGGCCUUCACGCCUGCCCGCGCCCAGGCGAGCACUCAGACCACCAUCAGUAUACUCCGUAGCGCCAACAGCAGACGUCGACCACUACUGACGUCUCCCGUUACCCUAGGAAACCUAGCGUCUAGACUAAACAAGUAAACACGACUGAUUGGAAACUCGGUGUCUUUGAGAACUAAGUAGCGAUGAGAUGUUCUUAUUUUAUAUUCUUUUGUACGUUUUUUAACAAAUUUUAAAGUUUACACGAAUUAAAGGCUUCGGGCGUCAGCCGCCUUGCUAACUUUCUGUUAAUAUAAUCGAUCAUAAUCAACCAUCAGUAUAA